AUGAAGUGGUUCGCUAUCGCUCUUGCGCUCGUCGCGCCAUCUGAAGCCUACCUCCGCUUUGGAUGCGCGACUCUGAGCGUCCAACGCCUCGACCCCAUCGUCGAGCCCGGCGUCAUCCCUUCGGCCCAUCUGCACCAGAUCGUCGGAGGAAAUGGCUUCAACGCGACCAUGGACCCCGCAACGGACGUUUCUCAGAGGGCUACUUGCACCACCUGCAGCUUCUCUGAGGACUUCUCCAACUACUGGACCGCUGUCAUGUACUUCAAGUCUCGUAAUGGGACCUACAAGCGCGUGCCGCAGUAUCCCAAUGCUCUCUUGGGUGACUUGAAGGGAGGGAUGACUGUCUAUUACCUUCAAGAGUCGUUCAACACGAACGGCAACCAAAAGAUCACUGCCUUCAAGCCUGGCUUCCGUAUGACCGUCGGGAACCCAGGAAGCCCUGACGGGACCAACCCCGGCCUUCGCUACACCUGUCUGCAGAACGUCAUGACUAGGUUCCCGGAGACGGCCGAGUUCCCCAAGCAGCCAUGCCCGGCCGGCAUCAUGGCCAUCCACCACUUCCCCGCCUGCUGGGACGGCAAGAAUCUUGACAGCCCCAACCACCAGGACCACAUGUACAACACGGUCAAGGGCGCCUUCACCCCCGCCGGUGCCUGCCCUGCCUCACACCCCGUUCGAACCCCGCAGGUAGCCUACGAGACCAUGUGGGAUACCUCCGAGUUCAACGACCAGUCCUUGUGGCCCGAGGACGGCUCGCAGCCCUUCGUGUGGAGCUUCGAGGAUAGCAAGGGGUACGGAACCCACGGAGAUUACCUCUUCGGCUGGAAGGGUGAUGCGCUUCAGCGCGCUAUGGACUCUGCCCCGUUGCUUAGCAAUGGUAUCACUACUCAGAGUGUGGCUCAGGCGAACGCUUGCUCUGUUCAGAGCUCUGUUGAGGAGGACAUCGACGGAUGGCUUACUGAAUUGCCCGGUCGGCCAAUGUCCGCCGCUUGA